AGAGUCAGGAAACAAUUUCCAUCAAGUUGCCAGGAUGCACAGUGAAUCGUCAGGACUUCACCUGCAGCCGAAACAACCUUUGACAACCUCAGAGGUGGCGGGGGCGGAGCAGCAAGUUGACAGUCCUACCCCCACGCACUUACUAUUCUAGAAGAAGAAGAAGAAAGGAGGUGAAUAACAAUCUAUCUCCAGUGAAGAACACGGCUGAGAAGCCGGAUUUAGGAUGGCCAAACACCGGCACAUCGAGGGAGACUGAGGGAGCGGAAACCAGAGUGUUGCAGCUGAGGCGGGGGCUGCAUUUGCCCUCAGGCGGGAGAACAAUUUUUUGUUGACAGAAAGAGAGAUUGGAGAGCUGGAAAAGAUGUAUCUGUUCUUCCAAGAAACGUGGGAGGUGGAGGGGCUGCAGACUGUCGGCAUCCUCCUGGUGGUCGGCAGCUCCCUCAAACUGAUGCACUUUCUGGGGCUUAUCGACAUUUCUGUCACAGACAGCGUGGAAGAUGACUUUGAGUUGUCCACCGUGUGUCAUCGCCCUGAAAGCAUGGACAAGCUGCAGGAGCAGACCAAGUUCACCAAGAAAGAGCUGCAAGUCCUCUACAGGGGUUUCAAAAAUGAGUGUCCAAGUGGUGUUGUGAACGAGGAGAACUUUAAGAAUAUUUACUCCCAGUUUUUUCCUCAGGGGGAUUCAAGUAUGUAUGCACACUUCCUGUUUGAAGCCUUCGACACGAACAAGAACGGCUCGGUCAGUUUCGAGGACUUUGUAUUUGGCCUUUCUAUUAUCCUGAGAGGGACCAUAAAUGACCGGCUGAACUGGGCAUUCAAUCUUUAUGACCUGAACAAAGACGGCUGCAUCACCAAAGAGGAAAUGUUGGAUAUCAUGAAAUCUAUCUAUGACAUGAUGGGGAAAUACACAUAUCCCACGAUGCAGGAUGAUGCUCCAAGAGAACAUGUGGAGACUUUUUUCCAGAAAAUGGACCGGAAUAAAGAUGGGGUAGUCACCAUAGAGGAGUUCAUUGAAUCGUGUAAAAAGGAUGAGAACAUCAUGCAGUCCAUGCAGCUGUUUGACAACGUCAUCUGAAGGUCUGGACCACUGAGGACAUGGGCACCAUGGAGGGGAAUGGGU